UAAUGCAGUAAAUUGAGCCUUGCAACAGAAAGGAGACGUUUUCUGCGGAGCGGCCAGUUUCGGCGUCCGAUUUCGCACAUUUUCGCCAAACCCCUCGGCAUCCGCCUCUUCCUUCCAGGCCGAACCCGCUUUCGAAAGUUCGCGCGUCGCGUGUGAGUUUUUCGUGGAAAAAGUGAGUGGACAUGAGGUGAUACACUAAUUAGUGCCAUGGAUACAACCGACGGAAUUCAGAGGGGGUUACGAUGCAAUGCGAAGAAGUAGAGGCCCAGUCGGAAAACCCAGCGGAAAUGACCUUCAGCGACAGCCGAGAUUCGCCUUCGCCGAAGCCCUCAGCCCAACCAUCAGACGAAAAGUUUCAGGUGACCAAAUUCGAAGGCAUCAACCUCGACGAUGACAUCGAGAAAGUGGAAGUGUCCUCCCCUGGCUCGUCCGAAACCAACGAAGAGGACUUCGAAGGCCCACCCAUCAUCCCCACCAUCCCUGAGCAAAACCCCAACGAAUCCAUCAAGAACUGGCUGCAAAGAAUCACGGAUCUGCAGAAGAAGCUCGCCCUUGACCCUCCCGUGGCGUCGUUCCCGGUUAAACCCCCCACCCAACCCACUCCCAACCGAGUGGUUAAAUUCCAAGACCUCCCCUACAUGGGGGAGAUGACUCUCGACAACUCUAAGCCGCGCAGAGGCCGCAAGCCCAAAAAAGCCGAUAUUUGUCACUUGAUUUACAAGAACUAUGGUACGAUUUUUCCGGGCACGCCCAAUCCGAAGAGCUACAUCGAGAAGGAGAAGAAAUCGAGCGACUCGAAGGAGGAUUCCGGGAAGAGUGAUGUCCAGAAUCGUAUUAUCAGCAGCCUUCUGGAGAAAAGACUGACUCAAGAGAGCAAAAAGACAGAGCACGACCAAAACGAGCCUCUUAAUUUGUGUAUCCGCGAUCUCAACCACCUCAAGAUUCGCUUGCUGAAGAAAAAUGAUAACACGUACACUUCGGAGAUUAAGUCGGAGCCGCCUAGUGACGAUGAUGUGGAGUUCGUGCACGAGACGCCAUCGCCGGCUAAAGCCGAAGCCCGAUUUUCGGACUCUUUAAGCACCCCGAGUCCUACUCCGGAGGCUCCUGGGGGCUACGUGUACUGGCCUAACGCCGGAGUGUUCAUCCACCCCAUGGCUUUGCAGCAGCACCUCAUGUACUACCAAAGGAUGGCGGCUAACAAUAGUUACACCUUGCCGAGUCACAGCCCGCGUCCGCCGCCCCCAGAACCCGAGUCGCAAGAGCUCAGGAAGAUCGUCCCCAAGACACGAAAGAAGCCUGAGCAGAGCGAAGAGACUGAGCACUCGCAGCCUGAGCAAAAGACAAAACGGAACGCGUCUUCGUCGUCGGACAAGACCCCGACGAAGCGCAAGCGUUCCGCGAUCUUCAUUCCUCCUAUUCCCACUGAGAAUAACACCAACCCUGCCACGGAAGUCAGUAUUUGUAAGUUUAAAUUCACGGGGGGUGCGAAGCCGAGUUUGCAGGAGAAGAAGAUGCUGUCGGUGGAUUCGGGGGGGAAUUUUCGGUACUACAGCGGCACGGGCGAUAAAAGUAUGAGAGGGUACGAGUUUUUCCCGAGGGAGACGCUGCAGCAGCAGGUUAAUAACAGUCAAGGGAGUAGUACGGGGGCGUUCCUGCAAGCAAGCGGGGAGAAGAUUUACCCAGUGGCACCCGUGGACUUCACUGGGUCGAAACCCAACCAGGAUUUUCUGCUGACUCCGGAAAUUCCACCCACCCCGGAGUUGCACUCGAGACACAAGAAGCGAAAGUCGCGGAAGUCGCUCCAGCGAGAGAAGUUGGAACAGACGUUCAAGGAGAAGGGGUUUUUGAUCCAGACGCAGCAGUUGGAGUCGGCCGAAGGCGCGACUUAUUGUAAGUUCAGACAGCUGAGGAAGUUCACCCGGUAUUUGUUCAGGAGUUGGAAGGAUUAUCUGCCCGGGAAUGUGCGGGAGCUGCACGAAGGGGAGAAAGGGGCGGAGGAAGAAGGGGCGGAGCGUGAUGUGGACUCCCUAUCGCGACAUUCGAGUGAGAUGGGGAAUGUGCAGUUGUGACCAAAGAGAACUUUGUGGGUGGUGCUAAUCUGUAACUGUAAACUAAGGGUACAUUUACAUUUAAUCUAGUCGUACGUCUGUACUGUAAUUUUGUUGUUAAUUUAAUUAAUCUUAAGCGUAAUUCCCGAAUAAACUUGUUGUUAAUAA